GACCACCCAGGCCCCUCCUUCUUCUGGAACCACCUGGAGGGUCACUCUCCCCACCUCCCAGACAGUUCCUUCCUCCCCCUGGACCACCCAGACCCGUCCCCCUUCCUCUGGGACCACCUGGAGGGCCACUGUCCCCACCUCCCAGCCAGGUCCCUCCUCCCCCCAGACCACCCAGAGACUCUCUGUGGCCACCGGCCAGACGCUUCCUCCCUCUGCCAGGAUCACAGAGAGGGUCUCCAGCCCCAGCCCCUCCUCCUCUCCGGGCAUCCCCACGACGACCAGCAAGCCCACCUCAGCCCACGCACCCACCACGGUCCCUGUGGUGACCUCCAGUGGGCGGGCCACCCCCUCGUCCCGGCCCAGCAGGCCCACCUCCAGGACCACGCCGCUCUCCACAGCCCCACAGUCCGGCUCCACCACGCACACGCUGGCCCCCUCAUCCUCCCCGGGCUGCAGGCCACGGUGCGCGUGGACAGACUGGUUCGACGAGGACUACCCCAUACCGGGCCCCGACGGCGGGGACUUCGAGACCUUCGCGGUCUGGCGCUUGGCCGGGCACGUCUUCUGUGACCGGCCCCGGGACAUCGAGUGCCGAUCAGAGAAGGUGCCCGAUGCGCCCCUGGAGGAGGUGGGGCAGGUGGUCCAGUGCAACGUGAGCUUUGGGCUGGUGUGCCGCAACCGCGAGCAGCCGGGGCCCCUGCCCUACUGCCACAACUUCCACGCGCGACUGCUCUGCUGUGAGGACUACAGCCACUGCGCCACCACCACGGCCCCCUCCCUGUCCCCGAAGACCUCCCGUACCUCGGCGAUGCCCACCACCACGCCCACCACUGUCUCCCGCUCCCCGCCCAGCACCCGG